AUGCGUGUGGUUCUUGGUUUGGUGCUGGCAUGGGCUGUUGCUGCCACAGAUGAGAAGGGCACCGCCUUCCUGAAGGCCAAGGAGGAAGAGGAGGGGGUCAUCAAGCUGCCAUCCGGGCUCCUCUACAAGGUCCUGAAGAAGGGCACUGGCGAGUUCCAUCCCACAAAGGCAACAUCCUGCGAGUGCCACUACAGCGGCGCGCUCAUCGAUGGCACGGAGUUCGACUCCUCCUUCAAGCGCGGCAAGCCCACAACCUUCAAGCCCAACCAGGUCAUUGCCGGCUGGACCGAGGCCAUGCAGCUCAUGGUUGAGGGCGACAAGUGGGAGAUGUACAUUCCGUCCGAACUUGCCUACGGCACUCGCGGCGCAGGAGGAAGGAUUCCCCCGAACGCUGCUUUGGUCUUUCAGAUGGAGCUGAUCAAGAUCUUGGGCGACAAGAUCCCGCGGAAGUCGGAGCUGUGA